AUGGGAGACAGAGUGAAAGCGUUAAGAAGAGAAAACAAUGAUUUAAACAGACAACUGAAUGAUCUGAUGAAGGAAUUUCAGUCUAUCAAGUCCAAGAUGGCGGAACAGAAGGAUUUCCACGAAGCAGCAGCUGCCGCUUUACUGAACACACAGGAUGUUCAAUUCCUCAGCGACAGCUACGAUGCCCUUGUUAAGUCAGAAUCGAGCUUGUCAAAAGCUCUGGAAAGUUUUUCUCGUACGUUGGAUUUAUUGACAGUUAACGUUGACAGAAUUGACAUAGCUAUCAAUGAGAUGCUCUACUACAGUUACCAAUUCACUAGAAGUAUGACACGAGACACUGACGUCGAGAGGUAA